CUCUUUGACCUUCCAUAAAAACGCAGCUGUGGGCGGACUCUCCGUGUCGCAGCCCGCAGAUCUCUCCGGAAAACACUCUCACUCCUGCAAGAAACGUAUAACUUGAGCCAUGUCAUCUCCACUGAACAGUCUGGUUAAUGAUGAUGGAAGGUACCAGGAAUCUUUUGAGCUCUUUCUGGAGCGCUCCUCUGAGCAUCAGUGUAUGAGGGACUUCAUCCACAGUCUGCUGCCAGAUAUACUGGCCAGCAUCGGAAAUGGAAAGUCCCAUCUAAAUGUCAUUGGAGUUGGAAGCGGAGCCGGUGAGAUUGACCUUGAGAUGCUCUCCCAGCUCCGUCUGAAGCACCCAGGGGUGACGGUGGAUAACGAGGUGGUUGAGCCUAGUGGGCAGCAGCAACAUAACUACAGAGUUUUGGUGUCAAAGAAACCAGAAUUAGAUUGGGUCCAGUUCCACUGGAACAAGAUGACCGCGGCAGAGUUUGAGGCGCAGUGGAAAGAGAAGAAGAUGAGUAAGAAGGCUGACUUCAUCCACAUGAUUCAGAUGCUGUACUAUGUGAAGGAUCCUGGAGCGACCGUCAGCUUCUUCCAGAGUCUCCUCGACAAGAAUGGGAAGCUUGUGAUCAUUCUGGUGUCUGGUGAGAGUGGUUGGGGAAAACUGUGGAAGACUCACAGGAGACAACUCUGUAACACGGAAAUAAGUCAGUGUGUGACCACAGGAGACAUCAAAAGCUUCCUGGACUCGGAGGGAGUGAGCUACCAGAGCUACAAUCUGCCAUCUCAACUGGAUAUCACCGAGUGUUUUACCGAGGGGGAUGAGAAGGGAGAGCUGCUGCUCGAUUUUCUCACGGAGGUGCUGGACUUCAGUAAGACGGCCCCACCUGAGCUGAGAGCCGGUGUCAUGAAAACACUUCGGCAGCCAGGCUGUAGCGUGGAGUCCAACGGCAGAGUUAUCUUUAACAACAACCUUGAAGUAAUCGUCUUAGAUCCACGCUAGGGGUGUCACGGUUCUCCAAACCCACCAUUCCAUGUGACUUGCGAUUUUACAAUCACAAUUUUGAUUAGACAGCUAUGCUAUGCUAAAAACACAAAUUAGCCAUUCAAUAAUAAUCAGCAAAACACAGAAAUUGUUACACAGUUUGGAAUCUCAAAACUGUUCGGAGUAAAUCAUCUUAUCAAGUGAAUUAAUCGAGGAUCUUUGGCAACGUUAUCAGUUUAGUUUCAUUACGGUUUUUUUCUCGUCGUGUGAACCCUCGUCUCAUUAAUAAAGGAUCUCUGAAGCAUCUUCAGUACUGUCAGAGUUACUUUUUAGUGUGUUCGCUUGGUAUUAGAAUAAUCAGAAAAGUGUAUUUCUGAGCGGGGAAAGUUCCCCUCAGGUCGGAACAACAACUCGUAAACUCAGAGAACAUUUUGAUGCACAAGUUGCAGAGUUGACGUCACAUGAGGAUGAUGAUCUGUUUCCUUUGCUCGUCCAUGUCACUCAAAUGCCAGAGACAGCUGUCAGUGUGUCGUUUAAACACAUUAAGCUGCAGAACAUCAUCCAUGCUGCUCCCAUAUUCCGACCAGAUGCACAAAGUCAGGAGAACGACUUCUGAGCUCUGGAAGUGGGACCAAUCUGAGGAGCACGUGAAUGCAGCGUAGGAGUGCGGCUGCAGGCUACUGAUAAACUAGCUGUGUCUUCUGAAGUGUUUUUAUUACGUUUGGACGGGCACAAGUCGGCGUGUCGUGGCAGAGGGGAGGGGGAUAAUGGUCGAUGAUUCAUUUGAGUUUGAUGGUUGAAACUGAACACUGAUUUUGAUCAAUUGUUGACUAAAAAAACAAAAUUGCGACAAACCUACUCAGCUCCCUUGAAAAACGUCCUGUUGAAAAGUGAAAUUAGCAGUAGGAUGAUAAUAGAACUGUUGGUUAAUUAGUUUUAAACAUGGUGAUUGUCUCAAAUUGUACUGUUUAUAAUUGACUGUACAUAAUUAAUAUGAUUUUAGCCUGUGUGAAAUGGCUUGUUUGUUUUACAUGAUGUUUUUUGUCCAUACCAGAAUUAUUUCCCCAUUUCAUGAUAAAUGUCUAUGUUCGUGCAAAAUGUAAGACUUGAUUCUAUAUAUUUUUUUCUGAACAAAUUAUAUGUGCAAUUUAUUAUUUUGUCAUGAGCCCCCAAAUCAAAACAUAAAGUUAUGUGUUUUAAUCAGCUUCAGACAUCAGCUUCAGAUGCUGCUAUCACAUAAUCUUUAUGGGCUACUGCUGGCAGCCCCUUUACGCCGCUGCUCUCAUCACAUCAUAUUACUUUGGAAAUAAAAAAAUAAA